GCAUUACUGAGAGGCUGAACCUCGUUUUACUUUAAUAUAACCCGCACCACUGCCCCUCAGUCUAGCCAUGAACUCUCAGGGUCCUCUUCACCUGGCAACUCCACUGAGGGAGAGCCUCCCUUUGUCCAAACUGGCAGGGACCCCCAUAUACCUGAAGCUGGACUCCUCCCAGCCCACUGGUUCCUUCAAAAUCCGUGGCAUUGGACACCUCUGUAAGACGUGGGCUGAGCGUGGCUGUGAGCGAUUUGUCUGCUGCUCAGGUGGCAAUGCUGGCAUGGCCGCUGCUUACUCAGCCCGCCGACUCGGGGUGCCCGCCACCAUCGUGGUGCCCAGUGUCACCCCACCUUUCACCGUGCAGAAGCUGAAGGACGAGGGCGCCGCCGUGCUUAUUCACGGCAAGGAGCUGAAGGAGAGCAUUGAGUACGGUCAGCAGCUGGUGGCCAACAACGCUGGUUGGGUGUUCAUCUCCCCCUACGACGACCCCCUCAUCUGGGAAGGUCACACUUCCCUGGUACGGGAGCUGGAGGCGGAGCUGGAGGUCAAGCCCGGGGCGGUGGUACUGUCCGUGGGUGGGGGAGGCCUCAUGUGUGGCGUGGUGGAGGGGCUGCGCCGUGCCGGCUGGGAGGACGUUCCCAUCAUCGCCAUGGAGACCGUAGGGGCCCACAGCCUUAACGCCGCCCUAAAGAAGGGGGAGCUGGUCACACUGCCCAGGAUUACCAGUAUCGCCACAACAUUGGGCCUCAACCGAGUGGCUGCACAGACGCUGAAGCUGGCCAAAGAGUACACAGUCUUUUCUGAGCUGGUGACAGAUCAGGAGGCCGUGAUGGCUGUCGAGCAUUUUGUGGAUGACGAGAAGAUUCUGGUGGAGCCUGCAUGCGGUGCCGCCCUGGCAGCCGUAUAUUGCAACGUGCUCAGCCGCCUACAGAAGGAGGGAAAGCUCGCCCAGGAUCUAGGCCCAGUGGUGGUGGUAGUGUGCGGGGGAAACAACAUCAGCUUCGCACAGCUACAGAAGCUGAAGGAGCAGCUGGGUCUGUCCAGCUAAAAGCCCCCACUGAAGACACCGACCCCACUCACCCUUCCCUGUAUAAGGUUGACCUGAACAUUGUUGGACGCAGAUGCCGAAGGCAUCCAAAUCGAGAGCAACCCACCCUCAGGGCGAAAUCAUUCCAGACCGCUUGCAACUGACUCGUGAACUCUCUGACAGAUGGGCCGACUGGCUGACAGACAGACCAACUGAUUGAUCCCAGUACAGGUGGACAUCCAUACAGUUACAAAU